CGGACACCGUGCCUAACAUUAGCAAGCAACAAACAGGAAGGAAGAGGCGGGAGUUAAACCUUUUAGGAAAUUUAUAAAAAUGCCAAAAUAUUCAAAGGAUACCGAAAAUGUGAAUAUCCCGCCUCAUUUAGGCCGCUGGGUUUGGAAAAAUGAUUCCAAAAAGCUGGAGUUAAUCAGUUCUCACCCAGGAGAAGAGGGUGUUUUGAGGACGUUUCAAACUAUUAACAACUUUAAAGAGCUUCAGCAGCGAGCAGAGUGGUUGGCUGAGAUAUUUACAGUGAACCAUAGAGGGCGCCAAAGCAUUAGGAGCAGCCUGAGCUCUGCUCAUUUGAUGCUGAAGAGACCAGGGGACCGGGUCACCAUUGAAGAUGUUAAACAGGUGGCUGUCGGUUUGCUACAGGAGAAUUAUUUGCUUCCCGUUCCUCACCGCUUUCUGGAUUUAUUGAAGAGUGAGGAGCUCGAUGAAGUCCUGGCUACUCUUCUUCUUUACCUAUCUUGGUUCUUUGAACAUAAAUCUCUGGAGAAUAAACCUACGCCUUUAGUGGUCGUGUCAGAGUGCCAGAUGAUGGCGGAGACUUUGGCUAAAAAAGAGAUGGCUCAAAAGAAGCUGGCUGUCUGCUUCUUCCGGCUAAUGAUGGAUCUGGAGAGAGACCAGCAUCGCCCAUAUCACAAGAGUCAGAUGUCCUCAAAUAGAACAGAAUGGCUUCUGCAUGCGUGCGUCUACAGCUUCUUCUGCUACGUGGCCUGGGUGACAUUUGGCAGGAAGGACCUGAAGGACAUUCAAGAGGAGGUUGGACGUCUUUUGUACUCUGACGCAUUCAACAUGGCAGUGAAGAACAUGACUGAUGGGAACUCAAAAAUGACUUCAGCUGUCGGUAAUGGUUCAAGUGAAACGGGUGCAGCUGACUGCAAGAUGACGACAUGUAAUAGUGCAUUAAAACCAAGAACGCCCCAGAGGCGUCCGCCACUCAGCAGUAUAGUAAAUCAGCGAUCCCCUCUGAUGGUUUCUCUGCUGCCCUCGCCCAAAGAACGGUCACCCCAUCUGUUCCUGGGCAGCCGAGCCAGGAGUCAGAGCCCGCUGAAGGCCCAGUACUGUGACACCAAGGCGCUGAUGGAGCUGCUUGACCAGCAGGUUUCCAGUGUGCGCUUUGGGAUUCUUGGGAAGCCAUUGGCUCAGUUCAGCCACAGCACCCUGCUACCCUACGGAGAACAGAAAAGCAGAGACGAGGGUGAGGACGAGGAAGCUGGCAGUGACAUUAAUAACAGUGCAGAUCAUCCUGGAAUCCAUGUUCAAGGUACUGAGUUGUCCUUCGUGGGAAUGAAGUCGACGGCCCUUUCCAAAUAUGGAAGCACCGCCCUCAUAAAAACUAAAAACUGA